GUAUAAUUUUAAUAUUUGUAAUCAUGAAAAUUAUUUUACUGUAUACGGUGAUUAUAUUCAACGCUAAGCUAAAAUUAACUUUCUUUUUAGUUAUUACAUAUGUCAUUUAGAAUAAAAUUACAGAUUCAAUUAAAAACAAUUGGAGGAAUAAAGACAUAAGGCCGUUAUACAUUUAUGAAGACCUUAUGAUAAAUUUAAAAAUUGAUUACUAAUUAAAUUCUUAUCGAUUAAUACUUACCGCCAUUCCAAAAAACAGACUAUUUGUAAAAAUUUAUUGAAAUAGAAAUAUUUGCUCAUAUGUAUAUGUAGCUACAUAAAUAUUAUAACAACACUGAACUGGUUAGAUAUAUCUACCAUGAUGAUAUGACCACCUCUUUCUAAUUGUGCGUAAUCAAACAAUCAUACACAGAUAUUUAUCAUUGUUAUGAAACCCAAUUCAUAGCGUAUAAAAAGCCCCCAUGCAUAGGAAAGGGAUUUGAAAAGUAAAUAGCGCAACGAUGUGGAUCGGACUAUUCGUGAUAUUGCUGGCAACGCAAUCGAGUGGAUUUAAAUAUAAGUUUAUUCCUGACAAUUAUUAUAUAUUCGACGGUUGUCCCAAUCAACGAGAGAAUGUUCUAAAUAUAUCAGCCAUGUUUGAUAGUUCCAAUUUAUCGCUUGCCUCUAAUGACGAUAUAAUAUCCGUUUCGGGCAGUGUUACCUAUAUAUGGAAUAUUCAGCGUGGGGAUCGUAUUUUGGUUAGCUACCAGUUAUAUAAGUUUGAUCGUAUCGCCUGGGUGCAGACAGUAUUCGGCAUGACUGUGCCUAACAUCUGUCCAAUUAUGUAUGAUGAGUCUCAGUACUGGUACAAAAUUUGGUUACAGCACGUGGUUAACAAGAAAGACGUGAAAGACGAAUGCUUUUACCCUAGCACUAAAAUGAUUUUUGAGCCGUUUGAUAUUGACAUUUUUCUCGAUUUCACCGGAUUGCCUUUAAAUGGACUCCACAAGAUAGUUAUAAAUUUGAAAGCCUUUGACCAUAGGAAUGUUCGGCGAGAAACUAGCAUUUGCAUGGAAAUUCGUGGAGAAUUUGAAAGGGUAUAAAUUCAAUACGUAUUUAUAAUUGCAUGAUGUAAAUAAAUGUGUUAUUAUCGCAA